UAUGAAUGUCAGGAUGGAAUUAAGUAGUGUUGGGAAGUGUGUGACUUUUAGUGCCGUUUGAAUGAGUUUUUUGCCGUCGUAAAACGUCAACCGAAAGCUAUGUUUACAAAGAAUGUAUUUUUUGUGAAAACUAUAUUUAUACGCUAUAAAAAUCACGUCUACGCUGAAGAUGAGUGACAAAUAAAUUAUUUUGUGUGUUUCUAAGGUGAAAUAAGGGCAGCCGAAGUAAAAAAUAUGUCAGCAAACAGUCGAAUGUUUGAAUAUUCUGACAUACACUAAUGCUGAAUGAAAACACAAGAAUAAACAACUAAAUCGUAAACUGGCAUUCAUGUAGUAUUAAAUACUUGUUAAUGUUUUUUUUUUCAAAUUUAUCUUUGACACAUAUUAUGUAUAUGUUUUAAAUACUUGCACUGAAUUUGAGUAAAUUCUUGUGUACCAUUUAAUAGUCGGUUUUAUGAGACGCUUUCCGAAUUAUGUUAUUCAGGACAUAAAGAAGGCGAGUUCGCGUUAAAAUGAGCCGUAAACGAUUUUUUUUGUAAACUUCCGCCACCUAACAAUUGUAAACGAACUUUUAAAUUAGUUGUAACAACACAAACCUGCAUGAAUUCAAGUUCAGAACAGGAGAAAACGACAUCAGUUUCUGUGUAAAGUCCUACAAUACAUAUGUUAAAAUAUAUUUAUGAAAAAGUAAUUAUGAAAACAAAUGAAGAAUGUAAUUAAAGUUGGCAGCUCGUGUUACCCGGUUCUUUAAACAUAAAAUAUCCAUUAACUGUUUUAAAAGUAUUUGAAACGAAAGUUGCACAGCAGGUUAUAUAAAGGCAUUGCAUUAAAUAAGACAGAUACUUGUAAAUUUUACCUUGCGGUAUAUCAACGAUAUUAUAAAGUUCCAUACUGUAUUAUCUUUUUGAAAAAAAAAAACUUACAAAAAUAUUCGAAGUGCCAACGCGCAUCAAUUCUAGAUCGCAAAAAGAUAUUAGCGAUAUUUUAUUAAUAUCAAGAGAAAGCCUUAAUGUUAUCUAACUUCGACAGUAUACAAGUUAUUUUGCCAAGUUAAAUGUUGUGAAAUUUAGAAAACUUCGGAACUAAUUGGCAACGAUGGAUGCUAUAGCCUAUACGGAUACGAAAACAUAUUGUGAAGUUAUCGGAAUGAAUAAUCGCACAAAAUGGCUCUAGACGAGGUUCGAGAUUUUAUUAUAGGGAACGUUAACACUAUUGAUAUUGGAGAUCAAAAUAUUUUAAAGUUUUAAAGAAAAGAAAAAAAAAAACGAGAAUAUUUGUGCAGUGGUGUGAAAAAAUGUUAAUGCGGAGAUUGACUGCACUUGGUCAUUUUUACAUAGCAUGGAUACUCAUUCUGGAAUUCUUCAUUAUGACUUCCGGUGGGAGAAACACGAGGCGGCGUUCAGGCAACGAAUGCGCAAAAGGGACAUUACAAUGUCAUCCUGACGCUGACUGCAUAGAUUCAGUGCGAGCAUCACGAUGUAAAUGUAAAAAAGGUUUCUAUGGGGAUGGAAAUAAUAAAUGUGUAGAUAAGAAUGAGUGUCAAUAUAAAAACGGGGGCUGUGUACAUUUUUGUCAUAAUUUUAAGGGUAAUUAUACAUGUGCGUGCAAAAGCGGCUUCCAGCUGGAUGUCGAUAAAAAGGAUUGUAUAGAUAUUAAUGAAUGUUUUAAAGAUAAGGGCGGAUGCCAACACCAAUGUGUUAACACUGUUGGUGGGUAUGAAUGCCGAUGUAAUAAAGGUUAUUCUCUAGAAGAGGAUGGUAAUAUGUGUAAAUUGGGUGAAAGCUGGUGUCAGAACCGCCAAGGUUGCGAACAUUCCUGCCGAACGACACAACAAAAUACAAUUGUGUGUACGUGUAGAGAUGGGUACAAACUACAUUCCAAUGGCAAAAAUUGUCUACGAACCUGUAGGGCUGGAAAUGGAGGUUGUCAACACAACUGUUCGGACACACCAAAUGGCGUUCAGUGCGGCUGCGCAGUAGAUUACCUACUUACAGCGGACAAAUCUACUUGUAUAGCUACAUGUAUGGUAAACAAUGGUGGUUGUGCAAAGAAGUGUAAGGACGAGAGUACCGGCCCAGUUUGCUCUUGUCCACCAGGAUUCGAACUUCAUCAAGAUCAGAAAAGCUGCCUAGAUAUUGACGAGUGUGCUGUAAACAACGGUGGGUGUAGCAAUGAAUGUGUUAAUUUUGAGGGCGGAUAUGAAUGCAUCUGUCCACCAGGCUACAAGGUACAGAAAGACCAGAAAACAUGCCAAGACGUGGACGAAUGUGAUAUAAAGACAUCAUGUGAUCAUACGUGUAUCAACACACCGGGUAGCUUCCGUUGUACAUGUUUACCAGGAUAUGACAGAUACGGGAUAUCACAUUGUGCAGACAGAGAUGAAUGUACUGACAACAAUGGCGGAUGUCAACACGGCUGCAGUAACAGCAUUGGUGGCUUUAAGUGUUUAUGUAACAGUGGAUUUAAAUUGCAUAAAAACGGAAGAGAUUGCAUAGCUGAGAAAACAUGCGAUGAACUGAGAGCUCCGCCGGCCAGUAACCUCUCAUGCAAAGUACAAAGGGAAGACACACUUUGUAUACACAAGUGUAGCGAAGGGGAUCGUUUUCUAUCUGAAUCAGAUCUAUCCGAAAUGAGGACACAUUGCGGACCUGGAACACAGUACAAAUGGGAUCACGAGAUAAAAAAUAUUGAGCUGCCAUCAUGUUCUUCGCAAGUAGCUUCUCCUAAUUUGUCAAAGAAGGUUAGAUUUAGCUUUGCAGAGAAAUUUUGCAAGAAAAGAAAAUCCAUUCGUACACAAAUGGCGCAGAACAUUACUGGAAUAUUAAACGGUCAGAAAAAGUACAAAUGCAAUGAUAACUGCCUUGUUAAUGAUCUCAACCUUGGCUGCAAGAGAAUUCGGACUCGUAGAGGGCGUAUUCCAGUGAUAUCUUUUGAAAUUACCGUAGAAUUCGACUUGGCGUAUAAAUCCAGAGAUAAGCUUAGAAAAAAGUGUGAUGUCCGUUGUGAAAUGAAGAAAACAGAAAGGAGACUUAAGAAAGUUGUUAAGAAAUUACGAACAUAUAUCAAGAAAAACGACUUCGAGUUCAGCUAUGCUGGUCGCACAUGUAAGGCGGACAAGAACAGAUUCAAAUCACCAAGAGGCAAUACCAAUUUCUGUAAUAAAAACUGGAUGCUCCUCCAGGACACUUGCGUUGGAUGUUCUAAGGGAACGCAUUAUGACAAGAAAAAGAAGACAUGCAGUUUAUGUCUCCCAAGUUUUUACCAGGACGAAGAGGCUCAAAGCUCGUGCAAGUCGUGCCCGAAAAACCCGCCAGAUGUUGGAAUUUUCGGCGCAGCAAGUAUAGCCGACUGCACAGUGUUAUGUGAGCCUGGCCAUUAUUCACAAAAUGGAUUGAAGCCAUGUAAACCUUGUCCUAAAGGUACAUACCAAACGGAAUACGGCCGCCUGUCUUGCCAGAAAUGUGCGGGAGGACUUGAUACAAAGUCUACUGCUUCCAUUAGUUUUAAUCAAUGUGAAGCAAGAGAGUCAUGCGAUCCUGGCUAUUAUUAUGACGUCACCAAAUCUACGUGCACGGCAUGUUCGAAAGGAUUUUAUCAGUCAAAACCCGGACAAGACUUCUGCAUAAAAUGCCCCAAAGAUACAACAACUGAUACCGAUGCUUCGACUGCUCUUUCAAAGUGCAAAAGUCACGAAUGUGGUGAAAAGUUCAGUAAAAAGGCAGUCAAAGGAAUAAUCCAAUCUCCCAACUACCCCGGCGAUUAUCCGGUUAACGUGACUUGUGUAUGGAAAAUAAGACCAGCUAAUGGUCGCAGGAUUCUUGUUAUUAUACCUGAGGUCAAUCUACAGAAGUCUGACAAAUGUGGGGACAAGCUGGUUAUGCGUAAAUCAAAAAAUGAGUUUUCCACGGUGACGUAUGAGACUUGUGAACAGGAAGACCGACCUAUUGCCUUCACCGCAAGAUCUAAAAAGAUGUGGAUACAGUUCCAGUCGGACGGCAUGAAUACCAGAAAGGGAUUUUCUAUACCAUUUGUUACUUACAGUCCGGACUACGAGCGAUUAAUUGAAAGUAUUGUCGAGGAUGGAAGAUUGUACGAUAGACACCAGUCAGUUCUUAAAGACCGUAAGCUGCUACUGGCUCUGAUGGAAGUAAUAGCUAAACCUCAGAUAUAUUUCCAGUACGCUAACGUGACGGACACUAUCAUGCCGCCAGCUUUUAUCAAAUUUCUGACGAAAAAAGUUAUGAGAUUUUUUAGUACUUAACUUUGAAAGUUAAUGUUUAAUGAUUUAUAUUUUACAUGCUUGUGAUUUACAUGAACAAGGUUUAAAACUUUGCAAAUGUUGAUACUGGUUAUCAAAUGAGUGUAUUACUUUGAUUUUACGUGAAAUAUUUUCACAUGAUAGAAGUGUUAUGCUGUGUUGAAGAAAACUGUUUUUGACGUCAGUCAAUAGAUAUGGUCACUGGUCACAGUAGUCUAUAUGACAUAAGAGUGCUGCCAAAUGGGAGACAAGGCAUUAUUUGUUUGUGAGUCUGUGAUUCUAUUUAUAUAAUAUGUUGUAAUUUGGUGAUAUUGUGUAAAUAGUGUGUAGAACUUUUCAAACCGCUCAUGACAUGUAAUAUAAUAAUAUGUUAUCGCUUCUUUCUUAUUUAAAACGUCUUUGGGAAAUUCGAAUUUAAGGAUUUCGUUAGGAACUGUGUGAACAUUUAGAGCAUAUUUUCAAAACGAAGGAAAAUAAUACUGAAGGUUAGUUUGAAUAAAAUGAAAGGAUGAUAGUUUACUUGCAAAGUGAAAUAAUGAAUGAACAUUAAUGCUAUUUGAGCCGCACCAUGAGAAAACCAACAUAGUGCGUUUGCGACCAGCAUGGAUCCAGACCAGCCUGCGCAUCCGCGUAGUCUGGUCAGGAUCCAUGCUGUUCGCUAACGUUUCACUAAUUGCAAGAGGCUUUGAAGGCGAACAGCAUGGAUCCUGUCCAGACUGUGCGGAUGCGCAGACUGGUCUGGAUCCAUGCUGGUCGCAAAUGCACAAUGUUGGUUUUCUCUAUGCGGCUCAUUUAUCAUUAAUUAACAGCUGCUUCAGAUAUCAAAGUAAUUAGAUAAAAUGUUUGUGACUCAUAGAAACAAUACUAAUUGUUAUAAUUUGAUCUUUGGUUCUGUUUUGCUAGGCAUAUUUAUUCUCAGUAAUUCUUGAAAAUGUGACAUUUUAUUUUGAUUUGUCGCCUCUGUGUAAUUGGUAACAAAUAUUGAUUGGGAAAAAUUUCCAUUUAUGUUUCAUGUACACCAUACAUUCAUAAUCAUUAAGAACGAACAAUCUCAUUUCAGUUCUAAGUGAGUUUAGUUUAAGAAGUUUAGGUAUGAUUAUGCAGGUGUUAUAUCUCUGAAAAGCAUUAAUUUGAUGUCUUAAGCCUCAUGUUGAAUUGUUCUUAAGUAAUGAACAACACGGCCGUUUACAUAAUAUUUUAUACCUUUUCAGUCAUUUGUUAUUAAAACUAAGCAUAUAUGAGAACAAUAAAAAAUGUUUGAAGAAUAGCCUUCAAAAUUAAUCGACACCAAGUUCCGACGUAAAUAACGAAAAGGACUAGCCUAAAAAACAAAACUGAGGACUAGCCUCAAACUGACGUCAAGUUCCGACGUAAAUAAUGAAAAGGACUAGCCUUUUAAGCAAACUUACGUCAAGUUCGGACGUAAAUAACGAAAAGGACUAGCCUUGAACACACUGACGUCAGGUUCCGACGUAAAUAACGAAAAAUAACGAAAAUGACUAGCCUUUAACACACUGACGUCAAGUUCCGACGUAAAAAACGAAAAGGACUAGCCUUUUAAGCACACUGACGUCAAGUUCCGACGUAAAUAAUGAAAAGGACUAGCCUUUAACACACUGACGUAAAGUUCCGACGUAAAUAACAUAAAGGACUAGCCUUUAACACACUGACGUCAAGUUCCGACGUAAAUAACAAAAAGGACUAGUCUUUAAAGCAAACUGACAUCAACCGACGUAAAUAACGAAAAGGACUAGCCUUUAAAGCAAACUGACGUAAGUUUCCGACGUAAAUAACGAAAUGGACUAGCCUUUAAAGCAAAUUGACGUAAAGUUCCGACGUAAAUAACGAAAUGACUAGCCUUUAAAAAAACAAACUGACGAAAGUUUCGACGUAAAUAACGAAAAGGACUAGCCUUCAAAGCAAAUUGACGUCAAGUUCCGACGUAAAUAACGAAAAGGACUAUCCUUUAGCACACUGACGUCAAGUUCCGACGUAAAUAACGAAAAGGACUAGCCGUUAAAGCAAACUGACGUCAAGUUCCGACGUAAAUCACAAAAACUUUAAAUUUGUACAGUUAACUUAUCAUGAACUGCUUCUUUUUUCACAGAAGACAGACAUAUUGAAUAUGGUUUCAGACCAAGAUAUAACACAUGCUGCAAUUUCAAACGUUUAUAGAACACUAGUAAAAAGCAAUUUCGGAUGAAGGGAUUCAUGUUAUGAAUGCGGAUUUCAGAUACGCUGCUUAAUCUCAGUUAUUCGCUACUGGUAUUGAAUAAGAAUUUCUUCUGUGUAUAGCAGUUUUAACUUACAAUAUAUAUAUAUUUUUUGUUUUUAUUACAGUCUUUUAGUAUUAUAAUAUCAAUAUAAAAGACUGAAAACUUAAUAGAGCUUGCUUUAUUUCAUGACAAAGAGAUAUUAGGGAUACCACUCUCUAGAAAUUAAAAAAAACGUGGUCUAACAUUGCAGAUGGUUAGAAUCCUGCUGUAUGUCGGCAAAAGCGACGAAAAAAUUGUAAUAUGUAACGUAAGGUUAUAUAAGUUAAAGAUCUUUAUUCAGAAAUAGUCUGAAGUGCAGGCUUGACUCGACAGUAUCUUAUAUCAUUUCAGAAAUGAAAAAAAAAUGAGCCGUGCCAUGAGAAAAUCAACAUAGUGGGUUUGCGACCAGCAUGGAUCCAGACCAGCCUGCGCAUCCGCGCAGUCUAGUCAGGAUCCAUGCUGUUCGCUAACGGUUUCUCUAAUUGCAGUAGGUUUUAAAAGCGAACAGCAUGGAUCCUGACCAGACUGCGCGGAUGCGCAGGCUGGUCUGGAUCCAUGCUGGUCGCACACCCACUAUGUUGGUUUUCUCAUGGCGCGGCUCAUAUGGUUUUUCAUGUUGUAAUGAUGUAUCCUAUUUUCUUUUUUCUUUCAGUCACACAUGUUUCAAAACACUUUACAUUUCUUCUUUUGUAUAAUGUAAAACUGAAAAAAAAGUGAUUAAUGUU